GCGUUUCAACGAUUGUGAUUUGUAUCGAGCACCGGCUUCGAAACGAACUCCUAAGACUGUAUAAUCAUUUAGAAUGGAAAACGAAGAAAAUCCACGAGUAUUUUUUGAUAUAGAAAUAGGAAGUGAAUCGGUUGGAAGAAUUGUUUUUGAGCUGUUUAAAGAUAAGUUGCCAAAGACUGCAGAAAAUUUUCGGGCUUUGUGUACAGGAGAGAAAGGCAACGGAGCUACAACUGGAUUACCUCUGCAUUUUAAAGGAUGUCCUUUUCACAGAAUUAUAAAAGAUUUUAUGGUACAGGGUGGUGAUUUCUCCAACAAGAAUGGUACAGGAGGAGAAAGCAUAUAUGGAGAAAAAUUUGAAGAUGAAGGUUUUCCUUAUACUCAUGAUAAAGCAGGUCUACUCAGUAUGGCCAAUGCAGGUCCUGGAACUAAUGGUUCACAGUUCUUCAUCCUUUGUAAGCCUGCACAUCAUUUAGAUGGUAAACAUGUGGUGUUUGGUAAAGUUCUCAAGGGUAUGGGAGUGGUCAGAACACUGGAAAAUACAGAAAAGAAUGAAGAAACACCUGUUAAGGAGUGUAAAAUUGCUGACUGUGGUGAGAUAGCACUGGGAGAGGAUGAUGGUUUUGUGAAAGAUGACGGCAGUGGUGAUAUUUAUCCAGAAUGGCCAGAAGACUCUGGAGUUGACUUUGAAAACACAGAAAACAAAGAGAAAGUUUUAACAAUGAUCACCUCAAUCAAAGGAUUUGGAAAUAACUUCUUCAAAGAGCAAAAAAUCCAAGAUGCAAAAAGAAAGUACAAGAAAGCAUUGAGAUACUUAGAGUAUGUAGAAGACAAUAUGGAUCUGGAAGAAGAUGAAUCAAAUAUGGAUAAACUGUACAAUAUACCUAUAACAUUAAAUUUAGCUGCAUGUAGUUUGAAAUUAAAAGAAUACUCUGAUGCCUUACAGCAUUGUGAUCAGGUUUUACAAGAGGAUGAAAAGAAUGUAAAAGCCUUAUUCAGAAGAGGACAGGCAUUAAAUGGUUUAAACAAAUGGGACGAAGCACUGGAGAGUUUAAAGCAGGCAAGUCAAGUAGAACCAACCGAUAAAGGUAUUCUCAGUGAAAUGGCAAAAACAAAGAAACUAGUAGAUGCAUACAAAGCAAAAGAAAAGAAAAUGUACUCUAAUAUGUUUGCAUCUUGAAAAGUUGGUACACAAAUAGUUGAGUCUUCACAACAUGCAUACUUUCUUCUAGGACAUUGGAAUAAGCAUCAAAACCAGAAGUGAUUCAGUUAGCAUUAGAACAAAGACAAUGAUUUAGACAGAUAUAUAUUAUAAUGUCCUGUCGUCACCAUUGUCUUUCAGUUGUAUAAAACUAACAAACAAAAAAGUAAUAAAAAAGUAACCCGUCA